GGCAACGUACAGUCGAUUCGGCUUGGCUCUUGGUUUCGCGGGUUUCAAGACGUGUCGCUGACAUCGCAUCGCAACAACUGUUGGAGUGGUCCAGAUCUUUCUUGGAUCCAUCUUCUAAAGUGUAGUGAUAGUGAAAGGAACAGUAAAGUGUCCAGGAGAUUGGUUUUCGCAACCAGAAAACUACAGAUUGUGAUUUUGAUCCAAUUAUUCCAAAAAUGACAACUACGAUGCUGCUCGUCCUGAUCGCCAUAGCCACAGCAGUCUCGGCCGAAGGACUACAGGGACAUUCGAACGGUUACAAUUAUCCCACUCCAACUCCACCAUCGUCGUUCAAUGGCUAUGAUUACCCAAAGCCAUCGAAACCAUUCCACGGAGGAUACAACUACAAAACCCCUGACUGUCCGCUAGUGCUUCCUAGCACCACUACUGUCACCGAAUAUAAGACCAAAACACUUCCACCAUCUACAACCACUUCUGUGUUGACGUCCUACAUUACACUGCCGCCCGUUGUAAGGACGGAAUUUUCCACCAUUUUCAGUACGCGUACCACGACAGAGGUUAGCGUGUCCACGACGGUCCAGCUUGUACCGACGACCGUCACCUCCCUAAUCAAGACAACGUACUGUCAGCCCAACACAUACCUCCCUCCACCGACGCCACCACCACCGAACCCACCACCAAACACGUACCUGCCCGUGGAGCCACCGUCCAAGGAAUAUCUGCCCCAGCACCAAGGAGCAGCAGCAGCACCCAACACAAACGUAGCCGGCAUCUCGACCGUAGUGCGACAGUCGGAUACGUCCGGCAAUUCCGGUGGAUUUAUUUCCACCUUCGUUCAGCAACAGUCGGGACCGAUCAAACGGGCUACGGUCGGUGAUCCAGCCCGUCUCGAACCAACGCUGUCCAGUGAGCGUAGUGAAGCAAAUGAAAUUAUCCCCAGCGAAGAAUCAUCCGGCCAACCGGCCAUCAACAUCAUCUACAUCGACCGUAAUGGUGUGUCGGAGGGAAAACCACCGGCCGGUCUGAUGAACUGGUUGCUCUGCAAGUUUAAUCUUUCCAGUGGAUCGUGUUCGGACAACUGACCGGAAGGAAGUCGUCAGCCGAAGCUCACGGUGCACGGGCUUCCCACAGGAGAUAGCUCACGGUGGGAAAGAUGUUGUGAUACUGAAAUUCAAAUCGAAGAAAACAGGUGUAAGGUGUAAUGCUGCUUAGAAAUUAUUGUUUUCAUCAAAUGUUUUGGGUUUUGUUUCUAUGUUUUUCGUGAGAGGGAUAAUGUUGGUGAACAGUCUAAACAAUA